AACAUUCAACAAGGCUCUCGGGAUCCAGAAAAAAUGGAAGGAGCAGGAGGACAUUCCACAGACAGGACAACAGGGCUAGGAUCAACCUCCAGAGCCUCCAGCAGCAUCAGUGAGAGUACUCUCUCCUCUGGUUCAUCGACUACCUCAGAUGUUGCCAGCAAGCUUGUCUCGGUGACAGUGGGUAGAGCUGCUGACAAUCUUGAUGAGCUGAGGCAAUGUAUCUCCAGGUGGGAGGCUGAGGGACACUCUGACACUGAGGAUCAUUGGGCAUCUCACACCCAACAAAAGGUGAAGCAGCACUUGCAUACGUUUUUUAACCUGAGGCAAGUGUUUGCAGAGCACCAAGGGGAUGCAACAGAAGACAUACUUGAAGACCUUCAACAUUUGAACAAAUCAGUGAAGGCAAAUGACAAAUCGCCACAUAGGAUGCACAAAAAGAUCUGUAAGGGGUUUAAGUCGGUAUGUCAGUGUUUUUCCAUUAGUCAUCCAAAAACAAAGGUGACUGAUGAACAAGUCUUGGGUAUGGCUGCAGGAUCACAAAGCAGCAGCUCCACACUUGACUCUACAUUGCAUGGAUCGUCUCCUACUGCCUCACUUCAAGCAGCGGAGCCUUGCAUUGUGAUGUCUCCUAUCAUGGAGGAAGACCUUGUCACAGACAUGGAUUUGACACCGGCACCCUUAGGACAGGACGGACAUCUUGAACCUUCAGAGGUUCAUGUGGAUGAAGUCACUGGAUCAGCCGGCAGUGGUUCUUACUUGAAAAAAUCAUUGAAGGCAGAUAAGAAGUUGCGGCAAAGGAUGCACAAAAAGAUCUGUAGGGGGUUCAAGUUGGCAUGUCAGUGGUUUUCCAUUAGUCAACCAAAAGCAAAGGUGACUGAUAAACAAGGCUUGUAUGUGGUUGAAGGAUCACAAAGCAGCAGUUCGACACUUGACUCUACAUUGCAUGGAUCGUCUCCUAGUGGCUCACUUCGCUCAUUUCAAGCAGUGGAGUCUUGCGUUGUGAUGUCUGCUGUCGAGGAGGAAGACCUUGUCACAGACAUGGAUUUGACACCGGCACCCUUAGGACAGGACGGACACCUUGAACCUUCAGAGGUUCAUGUGGAUGAAGUCGUUGGAUCAGCCAGCAGCGGUUCUUAUUUGAAACAAUCAGUGAAGGCAGAUAAGAAAUCGUCGCGAAGGACGGACAAAAAGAUCUGUAAGGGGUUUAAAUCGGCAUGUCAGUGUUUUUCCAUUAGUCAUCCAAAAACAAAGGUGACUGAUGAACAAGGCUUGGAUGUGGUUGAAGGAUCACAAAGCAGCAGCUUGACAAGUGACUCUACAUUGCAUGCAUCGUCUCCUACUGCCUCACUUCAAGCAGUGGAGCCUUGCGUUGUGAUAUCUCCUAUCAUGGAGGAAGACCUUGUCACAGACAUGGAUUUGACACCGGCACCCUUAGGACAGGACGGACACCUUGAACCUUCAGAGGUUCAAGUGGAUGAAGUCGUUGGAUCAGCCAGCAGCGGUUCUUAUUUGAAACAAUCAGUGAAGGCAGAUAAGAAAUUGUCGCAAAGGAUGGACAAAAAGAUCUGUAAGGGGUUUAAGUCGGUAUGUCAGUGUUUUUCCAUUAGUCAUCUUGAACCUACAGAGAUUGAUGUGGGAGCUGAGCAAAAUGUGGAUGAAAAUGUUGACACUGCCAGCAGCGUCCCGACAUCUCACUCUGCAUCUACUCGACGACUGUCUACUACUGUUUCAAUCAGUGCCAGUGAGGACACCAUGACUGCUGAGAAAGCAGUCACAGACAUUGAUGCAACCCUUGGACCCUCCAUGGUGCUGUCAGGAGCAGGACAUUUGGAUGAAGUCGAUUGGUCAGCCAGCAGUUCUUCUUUGAAAAACUCACUGAGGGCAAAUAAGAAGUCUUUUGGAAGGAUUGGCAAAAAGAUCAUUAAGGGAUUUAAGUGUGCAUGGCAGUGUUUUUCCAUUAGUCAUCCAAAAACAAAGGUGACUGAUGAACAAGGCUUGGAUGUAGCUGAAGGAUCAGAAAGCUACUCAACAUGUGACCCUACAUUUCAUGAAUUGUCUCCUACUGCCUCACUUCAAGCAGCAGAGCAUUGUGAUGUGACAUGUCCUGUCACGCAGCAAGAACUUGUUUUGGACAUGGAUUCGACACCCGCACCCUUAGGACAGGACGGACAUCUUGAACCCUCAGAGGUUCAUGUGGAUGAAGUCGUUGGAUCAGCCAGCAGCGGUUCUUAUUUGAAAAAAUCAUUGAAUGCAAAUGAGAAAUCGCCACGAAGGAUGGACAACAAGAUCUGUAAGGGGUUUAAGUCGGCAUGUCAGUGUUUUUCCAUGAGACAUCUUGAACCAGAGGUUCAUGUGGGAGCUGAGCAAAAUGUGGAGGAAAAUGUCGAGACUGCCACCAAUAACCUGACAUCUGGCCUUGCACCUCCUAGAGAGCUGUGCAACACUUUCUCAAACAGGUCCAGUGAGGAUACCUGGACUGCUGAGAAGGCAGAACAAGUCACAGGCAUGACUAAAGGCACUACAGCUAUCAUGGCGUCGCCGGCACCAGGACAUGUAUAUGAGGUCUUUGGGUCAUCCAGCACUGAUGCUAAUUUGCCAAAACCAGGAUCUCCAUCCCCCCCAGUUAAAGACAGAAACCAGAUCAUGUGCGUGGACUCCACCUCAAGACAUUCAGGACCGGACAGACAUCUCGAAGAUUCCCAAGAUGACAAGAGCGCUGUCGACGUCAUUGUCACAGGAUUCAUUGACAGCCUUACUAAAGAGCAGCGGAAGGAAAUGAGCAGAGGUGUUUAUAGCGUGGACGUGCAGAAGAAGAUGUCUGACAGCUUUGCAAAGGGGACGAAAGUUCUCAUAAAAGAGCUUGAUGCUGAGCUUUCAGCAUCCCUCCAAAGAUCUGCUUCCCAAAACAGUAGUGUGCACACAAGGAGUUCGACCUCUUCCCAAUUAUGUGGGAAUGAGGCACUUGCCUGGGAGUUACUUUCAAGAUUUACCAAGGAGUUGGAUGUUACUGACGAACGUAUGAGGCAGAUUUUGAACCACUCCGGUGGGAAGGCUCCGUGUGAUGUAGCUGCUGCAAAAACACCUGUUAGCAUGUCAUCCAGAAUCAUCAAGGACACUCAGAGCACUGAGGCGGUCAAGUUAAUUCUGUCAGAGCCCAGUGAUCAGAAACAAAGAACACCAGAGACAGAGACCACCAGAGUCCCAAAGAAAAAGUCAUCGUGGUGGUGCGUCUGUAUGAAGAAAAUAGUCGACCCCCUACCCUCUGGAAGACAGGGCAAUGGUUCAGGUUGCGUAGAACUCCCGCCCGUGAGGGAAGCCUGGACCGAGGUCAAGAAGAAUGAUGAGGCUCAGGAUAAGCCUGCACAGACCAAACAGGCUUCGCUGCUAAAGAAAUUACAGUCCUGUUUUUCCACCAGCAGAUUUUCACCAGUUUCUCUGAAGGACUUGGGCGAUGGUUCAGGUUGCGUAGAACUCCCGCCCGUGAGGGAAGCCUGGACCGAGGUCAAGAUGAAUGAUGAGGCUCAGGAUAAGCCUGCACAGACCAAACAGGCUUCGCUGCUAAAGAAAUUCCUGUCCUGUUUUUCCACCAGCAGAUUUUCACCAGUUUCUCUGAAGGACUUGGGCGAUGGUUCAGGUUGCGUAGAACUCCCGCCCGUGAGGGAAGCCUGGACCGAGGUCAAGAUGAAUGAUGAGGCUCAGGAUAAGCCUGCACAGACCAAACAGGCUUCGCUGCUAAAGAAAUUCCUGUCCUGUUUUUCCACCAGCAGAUUUUCACCAGUUUCUCUGAAGGACUUGGGCGAUGGUUCAGGUUGCGUAGAACUCCCGCCCGUGAGGGAAGCCUGGACCGAGGUCAAGAAGAAUGAUGAGGCUCAGGAUACGCCUGCACGGACCAAACAAGCUUCGCUGCUGAGGAGAAUCCAGUGCUGCUCUUCUAGCGAGUGCUGCUGUUGCUAAUGUUAGCACCGUUACCACGCAGCAAGUAGGUCGCGGAUUCGAUUCCCGGCUUGUGCCUACUACCCCGUCCUCCCUCCUCCACUUUUCCCACCUCUCUCUCUCUCUCUCUCUCUCUCUCUCUCUAACCCUAACCCUAACCCUGAUGCUCAUGGGGAUCUUCAAAAAGUGCCAUGAGAUAUAACAUCUGUGAUUACACGUAAUCUCAACAAAACUUGGCAUAGGGCGUCACGGUGGAACAGUGGUUAGCACUGCUACCUCACAGCAAAGUGAGUUAGACUCCCCGUGUCUGCGUGGGUUCUCUCCAGGUGCUCUGGCUUCCUCCCACAUAUAACUUAAUUUAAUGUUAGACAUAAGAAUACAAAUAAAUUGGCUGAAAUUUAA